UCGGUGGAUAUUGGCAAUUGUUGUAUAAUGAUUAUCAUUCUUGUAUUUUGAAAUGAAGAGAAGGAAACUCCUUUGCUUUGCACUGUAUUUGAAUAGCGGAGGUGGAAAGUUACAGAUAUUUACAAAAGACCACUGCCUACCAAUCCGGAAUGAGUCAACAUACAGCGCAAGUUGCGCGUUUGUUAUUAUUUUUGAUGAUAUCAUACAAUGAUAUCAUACAAACACCUACUCAAAUAAAUGUUGUUUUAAUUAAUUCAAGGAUUUUUGUAAAUUUGUAAAUAUCAUUACCGCUGCCUGUGAAGUUACACAAUGAAAGAAUCUACAGAAGCAUAUGACGUCACGAUGACGAGUGCUGUUGAUGACGUCAUUUUACCGAAAACUAGACAAGUCAGUUUUAUUAUUCCGUUGACAAUCGAAUGCAUUAUAGUGACAUGUUGUUCAUGGUUAGCUGUAGCGUUGAUCAUUCAUGGAGUCAAAACUAACAGAUUCAAACGUCAAAGUGGAAACGAUCUUAACGGUGGCAUUGUCUACAACUUGACUGUUGUCUCUGCUCUAACUCUAUUGGGACGAUGCUGUUGUUCCAUCAUCGCUAUUACACUCCCUCCUUAUAGACCAGGGUUUGACGAAGAAUGUGAAAGAGCCGUCGACGCUGUUGUUGUCUUUUAUUUGAUUGCUUUGGUACCAGUGUACUUGCUGCUAUGGUUCCGGCAAAGGUCAAUAUACGCCCAUCCACUUAUGUCAAGCUCUCGCAACAAAUUCAUUAUUUUGCUAAGUUGGUCAAGCAUCGUGUUUUUGCUCGGGGCUGGCUUGUCGACAGUGUUAGCGUCUACUAUUCCCAAAUUUCAAAAAUCGAAUUAUUUUGGCUGCGAAAACAUUAGCCGGGAUUGGACAAACACAGCUGGUGCAGUGAUAGCAACAUUCGGUCAGCUGAUGCUCUUGUUUCUUUUUAUUAUUCCACUUAGACGUAAUCUUCAAAACUGUUGGUCAUUUUUUUUCUGUUAUAAAGCUCAAAUAAAUUCGGAAUCCAGGACUGGUAGUUCCUUGCAAGUAGUAAAAGUCAACGAUAAUAAUUCAAUACAUGGGUUUAUUGGCACCAGCAGCUGUACGAUCGUCUCAACUCAUGUUGAAAUAAAGUCUUCUACAAAUGUUCCGAUUAACAAAAAGAUUCUUCGCAUCAUACAACGCUCGACAGUCCUGGCUACAAUUUGCAUCUUAACAGACAUUACUGCGAUGGUUCUUACCACCUACGCACUUCCAAACGACAGCACCCGAAACUACGCAUAUAGCAUUUAUGACGUCGCUCUUUUUUCCAACGUCAUCUGCAUUAUCUUGUCCUUCGAAAAUUAUAACACAAUGAUAUUCCCUUGCGCAAUCGAAGACGCAACAUCAAAAGAGCACUUUUCACCCAGCGUUAACAUUACCACUGUUGUAUGAAAUAAUUGAAUACUUUGGACUUACAGCAUUAAGUAUUCAGGUUUAACAAAGUGUUCAGGUUCCAAGUAAAACACAAAGUAAGACGUUCCAGUUUAUUAUUAUUAUCUAUGAGCAUUUACGUAAACAUAAACUGUACAAGUAAAGCGUCCUUGCUCAAACAUUCCCAUACGUUACCCAUAGUAUAGCAUAGCACAACUUAGCUAUGCUGUGCUGCCUUGCAUUUCUACGUUUGUGAUUUCUUUGACAAAAUUAUAAACCUUUUUUUAUUAAGUCUUUUGACUUGCGAUAUUGGUUUAGUUUUCAUAGUUUCAGUAUUCCGUAGACUUCCCACGAGUUAAUCUACUAAUUUGUUUAACCCGCCAGGCAACGUCGCCUGGGAUUAUAGUGGGGCAAUUCCAUAUUUAACUGAAACAACAGGCAGAAACAAAUUUCGGGGGGGGAAUCUGACGAUUUUCUGACGUCACUUUCUCUUCUCAAUUUUCAGCAGCUUCCCACCAAAAACAGAUCAACCAGGCGAUUUUACACUUGUGUAUAGACCCUUAGUUGGCCGAUACAUAAAUUUCGGCCCACACUUUCUACAUAUUUGUUUAAAAAAACGAGGUAAACAAGGCAAGUAACGUCUGUUUAGCAAUGCUGAGUAGAAAUUAUCCAUACAGUAGUAGCAGUACCACCAUCGUCGUUAUAUGAACGUAACUUUCGUGUUGGUGUGCGUAGCUCGUUUGUGAUGCACUUUCUGUAACGAAAUUUAGAAGACAAUUAUCAGUGGCGUAUUAAAUU